CCCCUUUUCUUAGCGCCUUAACGUCUAUGGUCACGUGUCAGCCACUGCAAUUCACUGAAAAGUUUGACGCCACACAAGGAGCCUGCAAGGAGCUGCAAGGCCAAAAAGAAGCGGAUAAGUUUAAUUGGUCUGUUCUUCCCUCGGAGCGAACAUGGAUUCCGUAGCUCAGAAAGUGCUCUCAUCAGGAUUCACUCUCGACUUUGGACCCCUGAAGGAGCCUCUAGCGUUCAUCCGUUUGCUAGAAUGGGUUUUUGCUAUAUUCGCCUUCGCUACGACUGGAGGUUACAGCGGAUCCAUCAGCUUCAACAUCAAAUGCAAAGGAGGCAAAACUGAGAAAGUAGAUGCGUUAUUCAACUACCCGUUCAGGUUGAUGGACCAUCCCUACAAAGUUCCUGAUUGUGAUUCCAACGUAACGACACCCAAAAGCUACUUCCUGUCCGGAGAUCACUCGUCCUCUGCACAGUUCUACGUCUGCAUCGGGGUUUUGGCUUUUCUCUACUGCACCGCCUCGCUGAUCCUCUACCUGGGCUAUCAGCACGUGUACAGACAAUCCCCUCGGGGUCCCAUCACGGAUCUGCUGGUGACUGCAUCCUUGGCUUUCCUGUGGCUCGUAUCGUCCUCCGCCUGGGCUAAAGGCUUGACUGACGUCAAAACAGUCACUAGUUUUGAAACCAUUUUCCGUUUACUUGACCAAGUUUGCAAGGAAAACACAUGCACCCCAGGAGCUGUGCCCUCUAUGGGCAAAUUAAAUUCUUCUGUGAUAUUUGGAUUCCUUAACCUCAUCCUGUGGGGAGGAAAUUGUUGGUUUAUAUACAAAGAAACCCCUUUCCACAAGACGAACCAGCCUGCCAAUCUUGAAGGUGGAGCGUAACUGCACGGCUCCCUCGUUUCAGAAACGGUCUGAUAUGUGCAACUGACUGCAUUUUUUGCAGAAAAGAUUCUAAUUUUGUGUGUAUUUUUUUUUUUUUUUUGCUUAACCAGGAAUUUAUUUUUGUCAAUUCAUCUCAAAAGGUACUAAACUGUAUUGCUUAGCCAAAUAUUAAUACAGACUGACCCGUGUAAUACUAAAGCAUGCAGACUUUUGAGUUUGUAGAUAUAACACAGGUACAACUACAAAACUUGCUUUAACAGCUGCACACCUUUUUCACAGAAUGCUGUACAGUAUCUUUGUUCAAUGCAAAUUUUCUACAAUUGUAUAUUGUACAAAACUCAGGGCUGAUAAGAAUAUUAAUCAGACUUCCAGUUUCAGUUCAAGUACUUGAAUGUGUUUAGUUAAAAUGAAGCCCACGUUUAAAUUAUAUAAAUGCCACUGUGAGAUUAUUAUGUAAAGGUCAGAUAGUUUUUUUUUUUUUCUUUCUUCAUUUUGCGGUAAUUGCCGUUACAGAAAUGGUAACACUUCUAGUUUAGACUAACAUCUGAAUAUGGCGCUGAAUGCGGUGCUUCUGUUGAAUCCGUUAAGAACAUUUUACUGUUACAGUUUCAAAUAAAAAACAAAAAAAUUCUCGUUACAUAAGAUAUACUUUCUCCUUUUCUUUUUGGAAAAUGUCCAAGCAAAUGUAUUUGCAGGGUUUGUGUUUGCUUGUACUAUUGUUUAAUACAAUUAAUUGCUUUAACAGUUGA